CUCAUCCUCUCAUCUUCAUCAUCUUUUGUUUUUUUUUUCCUCUUUGUCUUCUUUUUCUCUUUUCUUCAACUUCAUCUCAUUUCCAUAAACCCAUCAUCUUCUUCAUCUUCAUCUAUGAUUUUCUUCAUCAAACCCAUCAACCAAAACCCAACAAACAUCCAAUCCAUUCAAUCAUGUAUCAAAACCAUAACACAUGUCAUCUUCCUUAUUGACUGUUCGAGAGUGAACUCACUAAAGCACAUCAUUGAAACAGAGCUUCCAUUGAUCCUCAAAGUCUGAAUUAGCAACAAUGGUUGACAGGAUUAGCAAGUUACCAGAUGAAGUUCUGUGUCACAUCCUUUCAUUUCUCCUGAAGAAGCUGUUACAACAAUGGUUCUCUCAAAGAGAUGGAAACCACUCUGGCCUUCAGUCUCUACCCUAGACUUGGUCGACGAUCGAUAUCUCGAUGCCAAGGAAUCCAAACCAUAUUCUUCCUUCAUCAAAUUCGUGUACGCUGCCAUUCUCUCACGAGGUUUGAACCAACCCAUCAAAAACUUCACCCUCAAUUGCGAUGACUGUCCAGAUUCCGAUGUCAAGGUAUGGUUGAACGCCGCGAUACAACGUCAACUUGAGAAUCUCUAUAUCGAUCUUUCCCCUUCCAGAUUGCCUUGCACUAUUCUCACCUGCACAACCCUUGCUGUUUUCAAGUUGCGUUUUGUCAAAUUUGAUGCAAUUUCUUAUGUUUACCUUCCCUCACUCAAAACACUGCAUUUGGAGAAUAUUUGGUUUGAUAAGCCUCAAUUUUUGAUGGAGCUUCUUUAUGGGUGUCCAGCUCUUGAAGAUUUGAAAGCAAAUGAGAUAAUUUUUCAUGAUUAUUCAUUUGAGGGGAAGGUUAGAAGUUUAUCCAAGUUGGUCAGAGCAGAUGUUUUUUUCGAUGAGAAUUUCUUUAUUCCUGUGAAAGCUUUUCGUAAUGUAGAGUUUCUGCGCAUAGAUGAGUGCGAUGGGGACAUUCCUGUAUUUCCCAAUUUAACUUGUAUGGAGCUCUUCUUGGGAGGAUCUAUCCAAUUUAGUGUGGCACUUGAUAUGCUCAAUCAUUGCCCUAAGCUUCAGGUGGUUGUCUUUAAUUUUACUAAUGAUGAUGAUGAUGAUGAAGAUGGAGAUGUUUGGCCAUACCCACAAUAUGUUCCCGAAUGUUUUUCUUCACAUCUUACGAAGUGCUUUCUUAAAGAUUUUAAAGGACUGGAUCGUCACAUGAGAUUUGCAAGGUAUGUUAUGGAAAACUCAACAUCGUUACGUACUAUGAGUAUGACAAUUGACAGUUAUUGUAAAAAUCAAAAGAAAGAGGUUCAAAUGAUAAAAGAAUUGGCCUCAUACUCAAGGAGCUCUCCGGUCUGUAAACUUUUAUUUAAGUAAUUGAUAUGCUUCUUAGUCAUUGGAAAUUAUUCGUAAAAUGACUGCAUUUGUUCUUAGUUUUACAUUUAAUGUAUCUGCUGGUGCUUUUGAUGCAAAACACAGCAUCAUUAUGUGCCAUUCCUAAUAUGGUUUUGGUGCUUUUGAUUGACACGAACUUUGUGUGUCAUUGUACUAUUUCUGCUGAUAUUGUUUUGGAAAUUGCUAAUCUCCUGCACUAACUUUUGUGAA